UUCAACUAGUUACUUCAAGUCCAUUCGAUCAAUGUCUAUUCCGACCCUUUUGACGUCUCUACAAGUGGCAAUUAAUAUUUACACGGUUGCUCUUAAGGUUAUUGUAGUAUUUUUGUAUAUGCCAAGGCUUCGUAAAACCGCUCCGAUUCUGGACGAAUUGGACAAAAAGAUCCAUGACAAAGGAGAGCAAAAAGUCGCUGAAAAAAUGAUAAGGUUUUGCAGAGGUUUGGUAGUGAUAUAUAUGGUUUCAUAUCUCAGCUAUUCGGCCCUCACGUUUUUGGCUGCCAUUUGGAACGGACAUCCGCCAUUUGGAAUCUAUAUUCCAUUUUGUCAUUGGGAAGAUUCGACCUUUAAGAUGAUUGUAGCUAGUUUACUGGAAUUUUAUCUUUUAAACAUAGCUUGUAUACAGGAUGUCGGUCUAGAUGUUUACCCGGUUACAUUUAUUUUGAUGGCACGAACGCACAUGAAAAUUCUAUGCAUAAGAGUUGAAAAAUUGGGCACUGAUUCCAAAGUUUCAAAGGAAGAUAAUGUUAGAAGUCUUAUUGAUUGUAUAAAGACACAUAAGAAAAUAUUGGAACUUGUCGAAAUUGUUAGACCAAUCAUAGCAAAAACGAUAUUUAUUCAACUGGUUGUUUCGGCUGCGAUUAUGGGAAUACCAAUCAUAAACAUCAUGAUGUUUGCUGACAGUUUAUCUUCUGCAUUUGGAUCUGCUGUUUUUCUAUUGGCUGUCACUCUGGAAACACUUCCAAUGUGCUUCACUAUGAAUGUUUUAAUGGAAGAAAUUAACAAUCUGCCAACUGCUAUAUUUCAUAGCCAAUGGGUGGAUCAGAACAAAACGUUUCGCCAUUUGAUGGUUGUUUUUAUGCAGAACGCGCAAAAAUUCAAUAACAUAAUGGCGGGAAAUAUUUUGUCAAUUGAAGUUGCUACUUUUAUUUCGAUAGCAAAAUUGGCAUUUUCAAUCUAUGCAGUUGUGGACAAAAUGGCAGAACGUAGAUACGCACAUGCCAUUAUAGAGACGCAAUAAACGCUCACUCAGUUCGUCUAUUACAUGUUCAGCACACUAAACGAUGUCAUUAACUGUAUAAGAGCAUUUCAUACGUCUUCAAUUCUUGUCUAGUUCAAAACCUUGUUUAAAUUUAGCUCUCACACAAAAAAUAUGUAUUAUUUAUGAAUUACCAUUUGUUCAAAAUGUCCUAUGUUCUGAAAUUAAAAAAAAAAUAUUUCAUUUUCUAGAUCUUAAUAAUUUUCACUAUAACAUUGCUAUUAAACAGUUUGAGACGAGACUAGGCGUAUUCUCAAAUAACUUUUGCAGAAGCUGUAUGGACGAGGAAGAGGAAGAAACGGUUCUUCAUCUUCUCUUCACAUGCAGUGCUCUAGCUCGAAAACGCAAGAAUUACCUAGGAGAAUUCUUCUUUAACGAUCUAAAUCAUAUCGGUAUAAUCAGCCUCUCAUGUUUCGUAAGGGACUCAAGCUGGUUCCAUUGAGCUUAGGAGGAAGCCUCAAGAUUCAUGUGGUAUCACAAUGGGCUAUUAAACUGGCCUAAGUGUGUCCAUU